CAACAGUUGUGGUUCUAGAUUCGGCCAAAACCCAAUCUAGAAUCUUGGAUCCCCAAACACACCCAGAGAAAUGGCAAAGGCUAAAGGCACUGGGACUCCAUGGAUACAGAAAUCCUUGUGUUGUAGCUGCCCUUAAAGAUGCAGACAUUUGGAAGCCCAGGUUGUAGACGUGCUGACCCGAUAUCUCGAAGAAGCUCACACCGCCUUAAGGAUGGACCUUCUGGGCACUCUAGAGACCUCUCUGCAGAAGGAAGAUCUCAUCUGGGGGUCGGAGGAGUCCAAGGUCUGUUUAGUCUCUUCCUUGGAACAGAGCUUGGCAUGUGGAGAGCAAGGGGCUGAGAUGCCACUUCAGACAGCCACGUGUCUCUCCUAUGUGGAUAACCACAAUGAGAAGGCUUCCUGCUCUCUACUCACUUACCUGGAACACAAGGACUUGAAGUUCAGGAUGAAGGCCCUUAGUGCCUUGGUUGGCCAAAUAAAGUUGCACAAUGAAACAACUACUAACGGACUUGUGCACCAACUGCUUCAUUCCAUUGUGUUCCAGCACAGGAUCCAAGCCGCCGGGUGGCUGGAGUGCAUUGGUUUGGAGCGAAUACGGGAACAGGGGCUUGAGAAAGAGGUGUACAGUGUACUGAGGGAGAAAAUAUACAGCGACCCCCUACUGGUCGUCAGAAAGGCUAUAGGAAUGACAGCGGGAUCUUUGGGAAUGAAGAAAUCCAUGUGGGAUACAUUUGAGAGGCAACUGCAAGAUCCAAGUGAAAAGAGAAGGGUGCAAGCGGUUUUGGCUCUGGGGGCACUGGGGCUGAGGCAUAAGCGUAUAUUGCACCAGCUGCUGAAGAUGGUGGAUACGGACCAGAGCGAAUCUGUUUGUGUACAGAUUGUCCGAUUAUUCUGCUCUCUUGAUCUAAAGGACUCCUCAGUUCUGAGAAACCUUAAGGAGAAGGAGCAAGGAAUGGGGCGUCUGGCAAGGUACUUAAUGUGGCCAUACACGUGGUUGCCAAACAAGCAGAUCUUCUCCUGCUAUGCCCACCUAAGAGAGGCUUCCAAAGCUUUGAAGAUCCUGGAACAGAACAUGGCCAAUCCUACACAAGAUCCAUUAGGAGUUAGAGAUUAGGGCCCCCCUAGCAUUGCAGGAAGACUGUGGCCCCUUUACCCUGAGGGGUCCCUUUAAUGCUUUGAUUCCAAGGCUGCAACAGAUAUUAACUUUCCAGCAAUAUAUAUAUUUCAUGCACCAUGCACACUAUUAACAGAAAAAUAAAGUUUCAGUUUCUACCUAA